AUGCAGGAUUAUGACUUCAUGCUGGUCGAGGCCAUCCAGUACUGCCACGACUGCGGGGUGGCCCACCGCGACCUCAAGUGCGAGAACGCCCUGCUGCAGGGCCACACCUUGAAGCUGACGGAUUUUGGCUUCGCCAAGCUGCUCCCCAGGGACCGCAGGGAGCUGAGCUGGACCUUCUGCGGCAGCACAGCCUACGCGGCGCCCGAGGUGCUGCAGGGCAUGCCCCACGACAGCUGCAAGGGCGACGUCUGGAGCAUGGGCGUCAUCCUCUACGCCCUGCUCUGUGCCCGCCUGCCCUUCGACGACACCGACAUCCCCAAGAUGCUGCACCAGCAGCAGAAAGGCGUCCCCGUCCCCGGGCACCUGGGGAUCUCCAAGGAGUGCCAGAACCUCCUGAAAAUGCUCCUGGAACCGGACAUGACCCUGAGACCCUCCAUCGGGGGGGUCAGCAGGCACCCGUGGCUAACGAACCCCUGA